GCACUUCCUGUUUGUUGUCGGAGAAAGGAGAGAAAGGAAAGCGCGAGGAGCCGCCGCCGCCACCGCCGCCAGCGCCGCCUUGCCGGAGCCGAGGGGACUCGGGCCGCCGCCCCGCCGCACCUCCUGCCCGCCGCCGGCUCCCUGUCCUCGGAUUCACGCCAACAGCCUGUUAAAACAUGGUGGAUUACUAUGAAGUUCUAGGCGUGCAGAGACAUGCCUCAGCCGAGGAUAUUAAAAAGGCGUACCGGAAACUGGCACUGAAGUGGCAUCCAGAUAAAAACCCGGAGAAUAAAGAAGAAGCCGAGAGGAAGUUCAAACAAGUAGCUGAGGCGUAUGAGGUGUUAUCAGAUGCCAAAAAACGGGACAUCUAUGACAGAUACGGCAAAGAAGGGUUAAAUGGUGGAGGUGGAGGUGGAGUUCAUUUCGACAGUCCGUUCGAGUUUGGCUUCACAUUCCGUAACCCAGAUGAAGUCUUCAGGGAAUUUUUUGGUGGAAGGGACCCGUUUUCAUUCGACUUCUUCGGUGUUCUAGGUGACUUCCAUUUUCAGGCUCUAAGGAUUUACACACAGGAAAAGAAGCUUCUCCACGGCUACUACGUGUACGAAGUAACGGUACAGCCUGCUGGGGGGUUCGAGGAGGUGACGAGUGAGGAGUUGGAGCCCGGGUUUGAGGACUCGGCGGAAGACGCCCAGAGUGAAGAGAACAGCGAGGUUUUGGAUGUGAUAUCUAGCGAGGAACUUGAUAUGUAUAGUGAAGAUGAGCCGAGUGAAGGCUGUAGCUGGGGCCAGGGCGAGCUUCCAAGUGAGGAGCUGGAGUUUGUGUCCAGUGAGGAUGAGGCGAGUCCGGGGGACGUGGAGGAGCUCAGCGAGGAGUGCGAGGAGCUGCUGAGCGAGGACAGCGGGCCGGAGCUGGAGGGGCUGCUCAUGGGGCAGUGAGUGGGGAUGCCCUCGUUUGUGGGGGGGGGGGCGGCUGGCCGACGGGAAGCGCGUCUGGAAUAAAAUAUUUGUGCGUUACUGACUAUGCCUGAGACAGUUCUUGCUUAGAUAGUGUAGCAGUCCUGGAGGGAGUGGAAGAAACAAGGAAGGGGUGGAUGCCCCAGGAGGAGAGGCGGGGCAGCUCCCAGAGGCUGGCUGUCCUGUAGAACGAGAAGCCCGUGCAUUCAGGCCCAUUGGGUGUCCUGGGGCGGCCGAAACACUUCCAUGGGCCUGGGGGCUGAAAACGGGAACUGAUGCCUCUUGGUCCUGGAGGCCGGGAGCAGGAGACCAGGUCCUGGGAGGGAGCAGCUUCUGGCGGCCUUAGGUGGUCCUCGCGUGUAGCUAUCUCCUCCCUGUGUCUGCACAUUGUGCCCCCUCUGAGUGUGUGUCCCUGUCCAAAUUUCCCCUUCAUAGAGACACUAGUGCUCCUGGAUUCAGACCAACCCUACCGAGCUCAUCUUAACUCUGUCACCAGCGAAGACCCUGUUUCCUUCUGAAUGAGAUCACACUCAUGGAGUCUGGGGCUUUGGGAUUCCACAUCAUUUUGGAGGGCCACAAGCCAUCCAGUAAAAGUAGUUUUCCCUAAAGACUUGUCUGUAUACCCUAGAAGCAGCCCAUUUUGGAAGGAGAAAUAAGGGGAAGCCUUUGAGAUGUGCUAAGAGAAACUAGAAGUCGGAGGUGCGGAGGUGAGAGAGGCGCGGGUGCCCUCCGUAAUUCCUUAGGGACAAAAUGUCGUAUUCGGGCAUCCCUGCACACGCGUAAUUUGAAAGAAGGCAAGGAAUAGGACUUAAAAAUCCACAUAGAUACGUAACGUGUUAAACUGGUUAAACUGGUUUCCGGCCAUAGUAAAGACGGUUUUCAUGUAACUUGUGUAACGACCACAGAGCCCAUGGUCCUGAGUGAGUGAGGGGGGUCAGUGUUGCCCCUCUGGCUUCUCCACUUGUUCCUCUUUGGCGGAGGCCUAGUGCUCUGGUCCGAUUUUCUUGGAGAGCAUAACAGUAUAGCGUUAUGUGCGUAUUGGAGAACUCUUGCUCUGUGGAGCUGGCGUUCGGAAAUAAUUGAUUUUCAUUUAAACUUAUGCUGGUGAAUGAGGGUGGCUGCUGUGCUAGUGACCUCGGCUUUUCAGUUCUUGAGUAUGUGCUUGGGAGGGAUUUCGGGGUGUUUGUUCCUGUGACUCCCUCCGGUCCCUCAGCUGCACCCCCAGCAGGGAGAGGAAAUGGCUGGCUUCUGGAGAAGGUGGUUCUGAGGACUGCUUUCUGGGCCAGGAGAAAAGCGUGCUGACCACCCCCCUGCGGAUGCGGAAGCCCGUAAUGAGGGUCUGCACGCCAUGUUUGAAUCACGUGACAGCCAGGCCCUCCGCGUGCGGUUUCACUUUCCAAGGGAAGCCAGAGCCUUGACUUGUGUUGGUUCUUAAACUUUCAGUGCAGUUCAUGGGCCUUGCUUAGGUCAGUUUCCGGAGUGUCUCGUAGGUUGGCUCCUCAUGGCUUCCACAUGAAAUUUUGGUCUCUCUAGUUGAGGGAACCGCUUCCUUCCUUGGAACUUGGAGAAGACGUUCUGUGGCUGCAGCUCUGGGAGAGUGUAGGGAAGUCGAACAGGGGCAACACUCUAUUCGAAAUGCCCAUGCUGUGUUCUUGAUUUUGUUUUGUUUGGUCCCCCCCCGCCCCGUUUUUCUUUGUGGCUAUGGGAGAGCAUAGUGUGAUAUCACUGACCCCUUCAAGGACUUGGUUUCCUAUUUCUGAGAGACUAGCAGGAUCUCUGAGGUGGAGAAGGUGUACUUGAUAACACAUGCGGGCUCGGGAGCCUUGAGCCUUGAUGUGACCACGUUGGCUCACACUCCAGACCUGUGCCUGUUUCAGGUUGCCUUGGUAGCUCCCCUGCCCAAAGAUCCUUGUAGAAUAAAUGAUCGAGAAUACAGGUUUUAUUUUCUGAAAUCUGUAUUAGGUUUCUCCAGAGAGAAGCAAUGUGGGGGGGGUGUCUACAUUUACUUAUUUCUAUUUCUAACUGUAUAUCCAUAUCUGAGGAAGUUUCACUCUAAGGAGUUGGCUCACUCGAUUAUGGAGACUGACAAGUUCAGAAUCUGCAGAGCUGCUGUCUGGGUUGGAGUCCAAAGGCCAUCCGGCUGGAAGAACCAGUGUUCCAGGUGAAAACCCAUCAGGCUGGAGAAUUCUCUUACUUGGGGGGAGGGUGGCCUUUUGUUCUCUUCAGCCCUUCAAGGGAUUGGGUGAGGCCCACCCUCACUGGGGAGCCCAAUACAUGCCCACUCGGUCUACUGAUCUAAAUGUUAAUCUCAUCCAAAAACACCCUCAGAGACACACCCAGAAUAAUAAUUGACCAAAUAUCUGAGCACCCUGGGGGCCCUUCAAGUUGCCAUGUGAAAUUAACCACCACAGGCCCACCCUCUGUCAGCUCAGUACCCAUACUCCUCUCCUUAAGUUACUAUACUUCAUCUCAAUCUCCAAGUAAAGCUAAUAGCACGGUCAUAAUUUUCCCUAGCAUGAGAAUAGCUAUCCUCUAUAUGCCCGAAAAUGCACUAACCUUUUUCCCUGAUAGGGAGGUGGGGUCCUGAAACACUAUGAUUAGAAGUGUAUGUCUUAGGUUACAUGGUAAGGGGAUAGGAGAGGUGGGAAAACGACGUUUGCUAAACGUAUGAAAACGUGUGCACAGACCUUCGUAACAGCAUAAGGGGCUACUCACGGCAGCCUUCACUUCUUUAAGGGGUCACGUGUGGUUGCAGCUGAUGUUUGUAAGUAAUACAGGUUUGAACUGCGCGCCUCCACUUUUGGUAGGUUUUUUGUUUGUUUUUUGAUAGAUUACAGUAUUGUAAAUGUAUCUUAUAAUUUUCUUAACACUUGGUUUUCUCUGACUUACAUUAUUGAAAGAAUACAGAAUACCUACAACAUACAAAAUAUGUGAAUCACCUGUGUUCUAGGCGAGGCUUCCUGUCAGCCGUAGGCUAUGAGCAGUUAAGCAUUUGCAGAGUCAGAAGUUGAUUUUUGACUGUGUGAGGGGUCAGCACCCCUCACCCCACAUUGUUCCGGGGUCUGUUCCUCCUGGGCACACUCCCUGUUUCCUCGGCCUGGACAGCUCCCUGGCUGUGGUUUGCAUGCCCACUGGGCUGAAAGUAAAACCAUAUACUGGGUAGCAUGUUUGGUUAUGUUACAUUGUCGUCUUAUAGCUUUCUUACUAAGAAAUAAAAUAUUUAGCCUUUAUAUAUCUCAAAAAUGAUGCGUCCUCAAGAAUUUGGGAACUGUAAACGAGGUCGAGGGAGGGGAUGAUGAACAUGUGUCUUGCUAACAAUUAAAAAUCCACUGUUAACAUUUUUCACGUAUUGUAGUUGUAACGUGUUACCUGAAUGUUCUCUUCUGCCUUUAUUUAAAGCCUAAACUUAAUGACCGUUUAAAAAUGUGCAUUUAAAAUGCUAUUUUACCUUCUCCUCUUUGGGAAAGUUUGCUUAUUUUCAAUUUUCAGUAUAUAAUUAAUGCUUUGAAUUCUCUUAGUGCGGUGAAGUAUUUCCAUGUUUGAGAUGAGUGAUUUCCCUGAAAUAGAAUUGCUAGAUUGAAGAGUUUUUAGAAAUUGAUUGUAUUUAAUUUGGGGCUGAAGAUUUUGAAAGGUCAUGGUACACACUCUUUAACUGCUUUUUGAAAGGGUACAAACCAGUAAUACCAGUGAUAAGAAAUUCUUAAUAAAGAUUUUUCUUAAUUUCACAGUGGCAACUUUUAACAACAUAAGCAUGGUAUUAAAAAAAUAUGUUUCUUCAUGUCACCGUGGCUGUUGUAACUGAGACUUUUCAUUUUCAGGGUUAAACUUUUGUAACUUUAGUAUUUGAAAUUACAUAAACUUCUGUGAGUAAAAUGACUAUACGAAUUGUAGAAAAGCAUUUGGGCUGUACAGUAUCACCAAAAAAA